ACGUCAGAUACAAGAACAUCCAGGAGGGGUGGUUAGUGGUGACUAGGCUGAGACUGGGUCACUGUGCACUGAAUCAAGGAUCAGGACGAAACCGUGAAUCAUGGACCAAGUGUCAUACAGAGGGAAGCAUCAUGCUAACAGAGCUGUCUGAAAUCUUCACCAAUGGAGGUAUACACAUGACCUGCGGGGGGCAGCAGUACGCCUUUGUUGCAUGUAGUCUGCCUGAAGAAGAAGAAGAGUAUUCACACAGGGCUCGGCUGUUUUUUCUGCUUCAUCUGUGAGCUGGACACGUCGCAGAGUUUUCAUUGGCUGACUGAUGAGAGGAAGUUUGUUCAGAGUUGAAGAUGCAGAGCUCCAAGAGGUUCAUGUUGGAUGAUUUUCUCGCAGGAUGGAUCGGAGGAGCUUCCAGCGUGGUCGUGGGUCACCCCCUGGACACAGUGAAGACGCGGCUCCAGGCGGGGAAAGGCUACAAGAACACUCUUCACUGCAUCCUCACCAUCUACAGGAAGGAAACGGUCAUGGGGUUCUUUAAGGGCAUGUCUUUCCCGCUGGCCAGCAUCACCGUCUACAACUCAGUUGUGUUUGGCUUCUUCAGUAACGCACAGAGACUUAUAAGCAAAUAUCGCUAUGGUGAUGGGCGACAUCCCUGCGGCAUGCUGGAUCUCACCGUGGCCAGCAUGCUGACUGGACUGGUGUCAGUGGGCCUGGGAGCUCCGGUUGAUUUGGUCAAGAUCAGACUGCAAAUGCAGACGCAGACGGUUCUAGCAGAGAAUUUACAACUUGCUGGUAAUGUAUCAAAUGGCGGAAACAUCCCUCUGCGCUCCGUCAACAUCCCCAACCAGAGACUUUAUCGAGGCCCACUCCACUGCAUCAGCAGCAUCCUGCAGACUGAGGGCCUGCAGGGCCUCUACAGGGGAGCCGGGGCCAUGGUCCUGAGGGACGUUCCUGGAUACACGCUCUACUUCAUCCCUUACACCAUCCUCUGCAACCUGCUGAAGCCGGACGCCACUUCAGCCCCUCAUCCUUUUUCGAUCUGGCUGGCCGGUGGACUGGCAGGGUCCAUUUCCUGGAUCACGGCCACGCCCGCCGAUGUGGUGAAGAGUCGAAUGCAGGCCGACGCUCAGCUGCAGAGGAAGUACAGGGGAAUCGUGCACUGCAUCAUCCACAGCUACAAGACGGAGGGAGUGCAGGUUUUCUUCCGCGGAACGUCAGUCAACGCCAUCCGAGGCUUCCCGAUGAGCGCCACCAUGUUCCUGAGCUAUGAGCUCUCCCUUCAGUUCUUCAGGAGCCUCUAGGAUGAAAGAAGAAGAAGAGAAGAAAACAGUUUGGUGAUAAAAAGGCAAAUAAGCUCACAGCAGCAGUUUCUUUGAGACGAGAGAGACUGGUAGCUGAUGCUAACUUGCACUAAACAAACUUCACAGUGAAGUUAUUACAUAAUUUAGCCCUGAGGAACAUUGACUUUAUAGCCACACAAAGGUUGUUGAGGUCAAUGAGGUUUUAAGGUAGUAUUUUUUAAGAAUUAGGUCAGUGAAGUCAUCCAUGUGUUCCUGGACAGAGCCUUGACUUUAGAGCUCAUGUAGUGUGUUAAGCUACAGCAGCUUUCACCUCGUCCCUAAAACUCAUUGCUAAUUUGCAUUAAAUCAAGAAGUGACAAAACGUAAAAAGUUAGGCUACAUUUACACGUCAUUUUAAAUGACAUGUAGCCUAACUGUUCCUGAUAACUGAAGAUAAUUGUUUCAGUUUUGGUAAUUAAAAAUGGUCAUUCAGAGGAGGUGCUGAAGGCGCCGAUCUUCACUGCUGUUUGACUUUGACUCGAUUUGAUUCUUUUAAUUUGAAAAGUUUGAAAGUCGACAGUCAUCUUCUAACAUUUAGUUGCUAAAUAAAUCCUAAAAAUCAUAUGUAGCAUAACAAAGCUAACACUGGACACACGGAUGACUUUAGUGUCAAACAUUCUCAUUAUUUAGUGAACGCUAAUUUACCAAAGAACUCUGCGUGUUCCUCUGAAGGUUUUAUCGUCUUGUUUCAGAACAGAAGAGCAAAAAGUCAUGCUUGGACAGGUGCUCGCACACCUUUUAGUUUUUUGCACUUUCCUCUGAUGGAGAUGAAGAAAUGUGAAUUGAUGAU